AUGGCGUCGUCCGGGUGCAGGAAGUCGCUGCCUGAACCCGGGGUGCUCAGUCCCGCGCAGCUGGAGGAGCUGCGCAAUAUUAAGAUUCAGACUCGGAUUGCUAACGAAAAAUACCUAAGAACACACAAAGAAGUGGAGUUUCUCAUAAGUGGUUUCUUCAGAGAAAUCUUCUUGAAAAGACCAGACAACAUCCGAGAAUUUGCUGCAAACUAUUUCACGGAUCCAAGACUUCUCAGCAAGAUUCACAUGCAGCUAAUUGCAGAAAAGAAAGUAACAUAA